AUGGAAGGGCUCGGUAUUGCGGCGAAUGUCAUCGCGGUCGUAGACCUGUCCGUGAAAGUCACUGCCCUGUGUGUCAACUACUGCAAGGGCGUCAAGAAGGCGAAGGAUGAUAUCGUUCGACUCCAACUGGAAGUUGUCGGGCUCCAAAGUGCCGCGAAUAGUGUCCAGGAGCUGCUUGAGGGACCAAGCGGCGGGAGACUGAAAACGUCACAGCAGCUAAGCAACGCCGUCUGUCAUUCUCAGUCGGAGCUGCGAGCGGUGUACCAGCGGCUUCGCCCAACGUCAGCGCGUGAGGCAUUUACACGGCUUGGGUUUCGCACCCUUAGGUGGCCUUUACACAGCAAGGAAGUCGAACAGAUCGUGCAAAACAUUGUGCGAUACACGCAGGCGAUCAAUCUUGCACUACAAGUCGAUCAGACGAACAUUCUUUUCGAUGUCGAUCGGAGGGCUGUACUCGAUCGACUCGAGAUUGAAGUGGCCAACGGUGCUUCGUUCGACUCUCGCGCCGAGGAACAUCAUCCGACAUGCCUGCCAAAAACCCGUGUCGAUCUCCUGCAACAAGUGUUAAUGUGGGCUCACGACCCUAGUUCCGAGGCUAUCUUUUGGCUCAACGGUAUGGCCGGCACUGGAAAGUCCACCAUAGCUCGGACGGUCGCCCAUGACCUAGCACGCAGUCAUGAUCUGGGCGCUAGCUUUUUCUUCAAGAGAGGCGAGACUGAUCGGGACAGCUUGUCGAAGGUUUUCCCUACCAUGGCUGCCGACUUGGUGCACAACAUACCCAUGAUUGCUCCGCAUGUAAAGGAUGCUAUUGAGACUGAUCCUAGUAUUUUGAGGAAGACGGCACGCGAACAGUUUGAGAAGCUUGUCAGGCAACCGCUGUCAAUGAUUUCUGCUGAGCCUCGGACUCCAUCGCCAAUCACCAUCGUCAUCGACGCGUUAGACGAGUGCGAGAGCGAGGAUGACAUCAAGCUGAUGUUCCGUCUCUUGUCUCGCGCCGGAACGGGACAAUUGGUGCGACUAAAGAUUUUCCUAACAAGUAGACCAGAGUUGCCGAUACGUCUCGGCUUCAAGGAAAUGCAAGGCAGGUACCAAGACCUGAUGCUUCACGAGAUAUCACAACAUGUGAUCACACAUGACAUAACUACCUUUCUAAAUGAGGAACUGGCGAAGAUUCGACGCGAAUACAAUUUGACGGUCCGGAAGGAGCGACAACUACCCGACGAAUGGCCAGGCGCCUCCGACUCGAUAGCCCUUGUCCACAUGGCAAUCCCACUAUUCAUUUUCGCCGCCACCGUGUGCCGCUUCAUCGGUGAUCGGAGACUUGGAUCGCCAGAUAAACAACUUUCCAAAGUUCUUCUUCGAGCAGGUGGGGACAGCUCACAGCUCGCUACAACAUACUUACCUGUGUUGGAAAAUAUGAUCGAUAAAACUUCCGAUCGGCUAAGGGAGGAGAGUGUUCAGGCGUUUCGAAAUAUCGUCGGGAGCAUUGUGACCCUUGCGAGCCCUCUGUCGGUAUCAGCGCUGGCUCAAAUUCUCAACAUCUCCGAGCGGGACAUUGAAGUUAAGCUGGAUAUGCUGCACGCCGUACUCAGUGUGCCGGAGACGACAGAUGCCCCAGUGCGGCUGCUUCAUCUAUCCUUCCGCGAUUUCCUAGUGGAUCCUGGCCAACGAGCAGAGAAUCCGUUCUGGGACGAAGGACCUAAACAGCUAUCCGAAUUCCUCGAUGACGCCAUGCGUUUCGUCCAAGCACAUAGUCUCGCCAUCGACGGCACGCCACUCCAGGUGUAUUCGUCGCUACUUGUCUUUUCGCCAGAAAGGAGCAGAGUGCGCACUACGUUCUUGAGCGACAUCCCGGGAUGGAUAUCACCGCAGCCGAAGGUAUAUAGUGAUUGGAGUCAAUGCCUACAGACACUCGAGGGCCAUGGCGGCAUUGUCACUUCAGUGGCAUUCUCACACGACUCCGGCCUCGUGGCAUCGGGUUCCGAUGACAAGACGAUUCGGGUGUGGCGCACAGCCACGGGCCAGCACAUCCAGACGCUUGAGGGCCAUGGCCUUCAGGUCAUGUCGGUGGCCUUCUCACACGACUCUGCGCUCGUAGUGUCGGGCUCCGCUGACAAGACGAUUCGGGUGUGGCGCACGGCCACGGGCGAGCACAUCCAUACGCUUGAGGGCCAUAACGACAGGGUCAUAUCGGUGGCCGUCUCACACGACUCUGCGCUCGUGGCAUCGGGCUCCGCGGACAAGACGAUUCGGGUGUGGCGCACGGCCACGGGCGAGUACAUCCAGACUCUUAAGGGCCAUGGCGGCAUUGUUACUUCAGUGGCAUUCUCACACGACUCCGGCCUCGUGGCAUCGGGUUCCGCUGACAGGACGAUUCGGGUGUGGCGCACAGCCAUGGACGACUGCAUCCAGCUGCUUGAGGGCCAUGACAACUGGGUCGGAUCAGUGGCGUUCUCCCACGACUCUACGCUCGUGGUAUCCGGCUCCCAUGACAGGACGAUUCGGGUGUGGCGCAUAGCCACGGGCGAGUGCAUCCAGACGCUUGAAGACCAUAACCUCCAAAUCACGUCGGUGGCCUUCUCACACGACUCAGCGCUCGUGGCAUCCGGCUCCGCGGACAAGACGAUUCGGGUGUGGCGCACGACCACGGGCGAGUGCAUCCAGAUGCUUGAGGGUCAUGACCUGUUCGUCACGUCGGUGGCCUUCUCACACGACUCUGCACUCGUAGCAUCCGGCUCCGCUGACAAGACGAUUCGGGUGUGGACUACAGCCAUGAGCAAGUGUGCUCAGACGCUGGUGGGCUAUGGCGGUUUCGUCGAGUCAGUGGCCUUCUCACACGACUCUGCGCUCAUUGUAUCGGGCUCCCAUGACAAAACGGUUCGACUUUGGCGCGCGUCCACGGGCGGCUGUGUACAGACGAUGGAAGGCCAUGACAACUGGGUCAUAUCGGUGGCAUUCUCACACGACUCUGCGCUCAUUGUAUCGUGCUCCCACGACAAGACGAUUCGACUUUGGCGCACGGCCACGGGGAAGUGUGUGCAGACGAUGGAGGGCCAUGAUCACUGGGUCGAAUCCGUGGCCUUCUCAUGCGACUCUGCGCUCAUUGUAUCGGGUUCUCACGACAAGACGGUUCGAAUUUGGCGCACAGCCACGGGGGAGUGUGUACAGACGAUGCCGGGCCAUGACAACUGGGUCAGGUCGGUGGCCUUCUCAUACGACUCUGCGCUCGUUGCAUCGGGCUCCGGAGAUAAGACGAUUCGGCUCUGGCGCUCAGCCACAGGCGAAUGCAUCCAGACAUUUGAGGGCCACAGUCGUAGUGUCAUGUCGGUGGCCCUCUCAUACGACCGUACCCUUGUGGCAUCGGGCUCCGCUGACAAGACGAUUCGAGGCUGGUUCCAAACUGGUCAUCGCCUUCGGCCGGCGUUGCACCCCAAGGCGACUCCCUUCUAA